AUCGUACAAGUAAUAUCAAACCCUUGCCCACCAUAUGGUCCUCAAGGAACGGAUCUCGUCUCUACACACAAGUGCAAAUCGAUCCCUCACACAACAUACUGCACCUACCCAACCAGAAUGGGCGCAAAACUCUCUACCCAAAAGAACGCAUCAGAUUUCACAAAGUUGCUAGAUACAGAAAGCGAUAAAAAGUCUGGUCCGGACUCCGAGCCACGCGAAACGCGCAAGGAGAAGAGAGCAGCAAAGCGAUACGAGCGGUAUGAACGACAAGUGAAAUCAGGCGGGCCUGUACCUGCACAUUACUUGGGACCUGGUGAUAGGUACACCAACGGGUAUGGUGGCGGGGAUGGCGGUGGUGGGGGCUAUGAUGGCGGUGUAAGUGGAGGGGGAGGAGCUGGGGUUUUAUAA